CUGGAGUGGUCGUGGCCUGGAGGCCAAGAGGACACUGUCCAGAUUGGAAAGGACAGCGAAUCAGUGGUGUUGAUUCUGAACAGCCAUUUAUCAAUAAACCAGAAACUCUUCUUAUCUACAAUAAAGAGAAUAUCUGCGUCCCAUGCCUAGUAUCCAUUCCAGACCUCAACAUCACUUUGCUCUCGACAACCUCUAUAAUCUAUCCAGAUGGAAAGAGCAUUAUGUGGGACAAUAAAAGAGGGAUGUUGGUUCCCACCUUACUGAUCAAGGAUUCCCUGUAUGUUCAGUGUGAAACUUUCAUUGACAGGAAAUCCUUCAAAUCCAGUUUCUUCCUUGUCCACAUUGCAGGAAAUGAACUUUAUGACAUUCAGUUGUUUCCAAGGAAAGCCAUGGAACUGCUUGUUGGAGAAAAGCUUGUUAUCAACUGCACAGUAUGGGCUGAGUUUAAUUCUGGAGUAGAUUUCCAGUGGGACUACCCUGCAAAACAGAUGAAUCGGGAAGUCACAGAAAUGCCUGAGAGGCGCUCCCAGCAGACCCACACUGAGCUCUCCAGCAUCCUGAUCAUCCAAAAUGUGAGCCAGCAGGAUGUGGGGAAAUAUACAUGCGUGGCUAGCAAUGGGGAGCAGAUCUUCAAGGAGAGCAUAGAUGUCAUCGUACAUGAGACGCCUUUCAUCAAUGUGGAGUGGAAGAAGGGCCCGAUAAUAGAAGCAACAGCAGGAGAUGAAAUUGUGAAGCUGCCAGUGAAAGUGGUUGCGUACCCUCAGCCUGAGUUUCAGUGGUUUAAGGAUGGAAAGUUAAUUUCCAGCAGACAAUCUCAGUAUUCCCUGCAUAUCAAGGAUGUGGUGGAGCAGAACUCUGGCACUUACACAUUGGUUCUUAGGAAUGGGCUGGCUGGCCUAGAGAAGCACAUUAGUCUCCAGCUGGUGGUCAAUGUUCCUCCACAGAUCCAUGAGAAAGAAGCAUCCUCACCAAACAUCUAUUCCCGUAAGAGUCGGCAAGCACUCACAUGCACUGUCUAUGGCAUCCCAGCACCAGAAAAAAUCCAGUGGCAGUGGAGGCCUUGGACACCCUGCCGGAUGUUCUCCCGCCGCAGUCUUAGCAGGAGGAGGGCUGCACGUCGCCAUCAACGGGACCGGAUGCCCGAAUGUAAGGACUGGAAGGAUGUAUCGCAGCAGGAUGCUGUGAACCCCAUUGAGAGUAUUGACACCUGGACAGAGUUUGUGGAAGGAAGGAACAAGACGGUCAGCAAACUGGUCAUCCAAGAAGCCAGCAUUUCUGUUAUGUACAAGUGUGUAGCCUCCAACAAAGUUGGUCGGGAUGAACGCCUGAUCUAUUUCUAUGUCACCACCAUUCCAAAUGGAUUUGAAAUUGAGUCACAGCCUUCGGAAGACCCCAUUGAAGGACAAGACCUGAGGCUAAGCUGCAAUGCUGACAAUUAUACCUAUGAGAACCUGCAGUGGUACCGGCUCAACCUCUCAAAGCUGCACGAUGAAGAGGGCAACCCCCUGGUCCUGGAUUGCAAGAAUGUCCAUCACUAUGCAACUAAAAUGCAAGGCGAACUGCACUUCAAACCUAAUUCCAACUAUGCCACUUUGACACUUACAAUCCCAAAUAUCUCACUAGAGGAUGAGGGAGACUAUGUCUGUGAAGUGCAGAACCGGGAGAACAGUGAGAAACAUUGCCACAAAAAGUAUAUUUCUGUGCACGCUUUGGAAGUCCCAAGGUUGAAGCACAACCUGACAGACAUCUUGGUGAAUGUGAGUGAUUCCAUAGAGAUGCGCUGCAGGGUUGAUGGCACACAUAUUCCGAACAUCAACUGGUAUAAGGAUGAGAAGCUUGUAGAAGAGGUGUCAGGGAUUGAUCUGGCAGAUUCCAAUCAGAGGCUGAGUAUCCAGAGAGUGAGAGAAGAGGAUGCUGGCCUCUACUUGUGUAGUGUCUGCAAUGCCAAGGGUUGUGUGAAUUCUUCUGCCAGUGUCUCUGUAGAAGGCUCAGACGACAGGACCAAUGUGGAGAUUGUUAUCUUAAUUGGGACUGGUGUCAUUGCCAUCUUCUUCUGGAUUCUCCUAAUUCUGAUUUUCUGCAACAUUAAGAGACCUGCUCAUGCGGACAUCAAGACUGGCUACCUUUCCAUCAUUAUGGACCCAGGUGAAGUUCCCUUGGAGGAGCAAUGUGAAUACCUACCUUAUGAUUCUAGCAAAUGGGAGUUCCCUCGAGAACGACUCAGGCUAGGUAAAGUUCUUGGCCAUGGAGCCUUUGGGAAAGUGAUGGAAGCCUCUGCAUUUGGAAUUAAUAAGAGUAACAGCUGUGAGACUGUGGCAGUUAAAAUGCUCAAAGAGGGAGCUACUGCAAGUGAGCACAAGGCACUCAUGUCGGAGUUGAAGAUCCUUAUCCACAUAGGAAACCACCUCAAUGUCGUUAACCUGUUGGGUGCCUGCACCAAACCUAAUGGUCCCCUGAUGGUUAUUGUUGAAUUCUGCAAAUAUGGAAACCUCUCCAAUUAUCUGCGAACCAAACGAGAAGGAUUCAGUCCUUACAGAGAGAAGUCUCCCAGAUUGCGCAUCCAUGUUCGAUCGAUUGUGGAAGCUGUCAGAGCUGACAGAAGGAGCCGUUCUGGUACUAGUGACAGUGCAAUUCUUAAUAGACUUCUGAUGAACAAGAACCAGCCAGCACCGCCAUCACCUCCUCCUCUCCUACCAGAAGUGGAUGAUUUGUGGCAAAGUCCUCUGACAAUGGAAGACCUGAUCUGCUACAGCUUCCAGGUGGCCCGUGGUAUGGAGUUUCUGGCAUCCAGAAAGUGCAUCCACAGAGACUUGGCAGCUCGUAACAUCUUACUGUCAGAAAACAAUGUGGUCAAGAUUUGUGACUUUGGGCUGGCACGGGACAUCUACAAGGAUCCUGAUUAUGUCAGGAAGGGCAGUGCCCGCCUCCCACUAAAGUGGAUGGCUCCAGAAAGCAUCUUUGACAAAGUCUAUACCACACAGAGUGAUGUCUGGUCAUUUGGAGUCCUCCUGUGGGAGAUCUUCUCUCUAGGUGCCUCCCCAUACCCUGGAGUCCAAAUCAAUGAGGAAUUUUGCCAGAGACUGAAAGAUGGCACCAGGAUGAGAGCCCCAGAAUAUGCAACUGCAGAUAUUUACCGUAUAAUGCUAAGCUGCUGGCAUGGUGAUCCCAAGGAGAGGCCAACAUUCUCUGAUUUGGUGGAGAUUCUGGGGGACCUUCUUCAGGAGAAUGUCCAGCAUGAAGGGAAAGACUAUAUCCCCCUGAAUGACUCUCAGAGCUCUGAAGAUGAUGGCUUCUCCCAGGUGGCUUCAUCCAUACAGCAGAACUCUGAUGAAGAGGAAUUUGAUAUGAGAAUGCACUGUCACAAUAUAGCAGCAAGAUACUAUAACUGUGUGUCCUUCCCUGGCUGUUUGACUGGUGGGAAUCAGAUAAGGUGUCCAUCUAGAAUAAAGACCUUUGAAGAAUAUCCUAUGACACAAACCAUGUAUAAAGCACAUCCGGACAAUCAGACGGACAGUGGGAUGGUCUUGGCGUCUGAGGAGUUUGAGAGAAUAGAAAAUAGACACAGAAAAGAAGGUGCCUUCAGCAGUAAAGGAUCCAAUCAAAACGCAGAGUCAACCAUGGAUCAUUCGGACCUGAGGGGUCGGGGUCGGCCAUCGUAUCAGUCCCAGCUCAGAGGUCAGACUUUUUACAACAGUGAAUAUGGGGAACUGUCAGAACAAUCUGAAGAAGGCAGCUGCACUCCACCCACUGAGGGAGCCAGUCCCUCUCUCCUUCAUGCUUCAUUCUUUUCAGACCAAUACUAAGGAGGAACAGAUUGAGGAGACACCAGGCAGAGAUACCAUCUUUCACCACUUCUGCAGCUUUGCCUUUGUUCUAUUGAGUCACAUCCCAUUAUCUUAGAAGAAGACCCAGUGGGAGAGCCUGAGGAACAGAUGGCAAUACUCCUUGGAUAUGAAGAUGGGUGCCAAGCAUUUCAGCAGGGGAUCCAGUUCUUGCAUUUGGCACAGACACAGCCUUGAUAGUGCUAUAGUUUUAUCAUGACAUCUUUGUAUGCAUUUUUGGGAAGAAACUAAAGUGUUCUGCCACCAGGUGGAUGCCUGCUUUGAGAGCUGCAGCUACCACUCAGUAUUCAACCUCUAUUCAACUAGUUUGCCAUAAUAAGCUUUAUUUCAGGUCAGAUAAAAAUAGAUAUGUCUUAGCUGAGUUUCUUCCUGAUAGGCUGCUUUGUUUGUUUCUGCUCUCAUUUUGACUCAAGUAACAGAAGAGGAAAGCAGAACCAAUUGAAUGAAAACAGAGGAGCUGCAGCAUUUCUACACUAGGUUAAUCCUGCCCCACUGAACGUACACAGUUAUACAUAUAUCAUUUUUGCACAGUCGUACAUGUUUCAUUUAUGUUAAGCACCAAAAUAACUACUGCAUUAUUGUGUCCUGCAGAUUUAUUCCAGAUUGUUAAUUGUGGGAGAAAGUGAGAGAAGAAUUGCUUUGUAUCAUAGCAAAUAAGGACAAAUGAUUGCUUAAUAAAGUAGUAGAUCACACAAUGGUCACUUGCUUGUAGAAGAGCUACUUUACAGUUUACACAAAGAAUUAGAGAAUGCCUACCAACUUAGGCAGAAUGUGGAAAAAUCCAGAGGUCUUGUAGGGGGCUGUACCAACUGAUUUAAACACAGACAUCCAUCCCUACAUGUAGAAAUUGGCCCAUCAAGGAGAUCGCUAAGGGGACCACCUUUCUCCCGUUUAUGUGCUUAGAUUCAAUAAAGGUAAAAUGUUGGUUCAUAUUGGUUCCCUGGUAUUCAGACAAGCUGUUAGCCAUGGCCUGAAAACAAUUUCAUCAUAAAAACCACUACAUUUCCACUUCCUUGGCUAUCAGCCUUAGAGGAUCAUAAUAACGUAUCACCCAUGUUCUCACAGCAAAGUAUAGUAUCUUGUCAUUAUAGAAUUUAAUGAAUCAUCAUUAUAUUCAAGCAAAUAAAUCAACCCCUAACCCAUAUGAUUACUAAGAAAAGACCUUCUGAUGAAAUGAAAAAUCUGAUGCCACUCUAGUUAAGUGGGAACUUACCUAUCUAAUUAUCCCAGCCAGUCCCCACCAACCUCUGCUCUGUUUCCAAGAAUUAGUAUGUCCUGAUCCUUGGUAGCAACAUCUAAAUUUUGCAGUCAGCCAGGAGAAAUAGUCCAAACUUAAUUUAUGCAGAUAUAUCUCAUUUACAUUAUUUAUUCUGAUUGUGAAAUUUGGAGAUAUCUGUCAAUUUCUGUGCAUACUUGCCCCUCUACCUCAGUCACCAGUCUAGCACAGUACGCCUCUCUGUUUCUUCUCCUACCUGUAGUUGUAAAACAUCGCUUUAGUGGAUUCUUUUUUUGUAUACCAGGGCAGCAGGUUGAUAGAGUCAACUUAAACAUGUGUGUUGUUGCUGUUUACCAUUCUGUACCAUAUUUUCCCCUUCUUGUUCCUGUUCUGAGGGUCACUGUCAAUGAAGAACUUCACAAGACCAUCUGUGAAAGCUUUAUGAAUUAGUUUCUGAUCAACUUGUGAACUUAGAAUCCUGUGCUCUCCUCUGUGUCGGAAGGUCCCCCUCUAAAUGGUGCCUUCACAUCAGAGGAUUUCUGCUUGCGGGCCAGGCUUUCAUGUAUAAAAUUGAUGGUUAGGGUUGGGCCCUUUUUAUUUUCUCCAUGUUGGGCAUUCCUUUCCCAGGUUAUAUUUUUUCCUCUGUAAGAGGACUUGAUGCAUUUACACAUUUGUAUCUGCCAUUGUCCAUGCCUUUUCCAUGUUGAUUUGUACCUUGUUUGA